AUGCGCCGGAAGCCGUACUUUUCACCCGUGACGUAGACAGGAAGUGUCUGGUUGGUGUUUGUAAAUGGAAGAAAAAGGAGUUUGUGCGAAACAUUUAUGUUAAAAAAUAAAAUAAAAUAAAGAAAUUGAAUGAAAAAUACCAAUGUUACAUACGGAAGGCUGAGCAAACAAAGAAAACUAUUUAUCUGGGCGGGAACGACAGAUGUGGGCAGAAGAAUAAAUGCUUGGAUUCAGUGAAGAAGAUUAUGUACCCCAAUUCUUCCAUUCUGGGGCGCCCACCCUAUAAAAGAGGCACAUCCAAUGACUUUCUCUAUCAGAUCCCUCUUAAUCUAGCACCUGCCUUGUUCUCUCAACAGCAGCUAAUCGAGUCAGAGUAUAACUCCAGGAAUGCUAACUUUCACAGUGUCCCCCUGAAUGUUCUUUCUCGUUUCCCAUCGGUUUCAUCAUCACAUGAUUGGAACCAUGUCAACCACACUUCUCCACAGGCCGCUGCUGUGCCCACAACAUCUCAAGGCAGGAAAUCAGAAUUUUUACAGUCCAUGUCAUCUAAACUGCUCAGGCUUAUUCUGCAUUUUGAAAGGCUUUUGAGGAGGCGGAGCGAUGAGCACUGCCCCUUUGAUGUCAAGCGGCAGCGGUUCCAGUCACCCCUCUCUCAGGCAGCGGUUGCCACGGCAGCAUCUUCUCUAGCAGCAGCCACCCAUUCGGUUGUGCAUCUGCAAAGUGAAGGCAGGAGCUGUGCCCCAGCCUUCAGUGCAGCUUCUUCACCACAGACUCCAAAGCCCUCUGGCUGCGUGCCGCCUCUAAGGGGCUCCCCUUAUCCGGAGCUCAUUGACAGCCCAAUCCCAGCUGCUAAGGACAAGUUAAGUCAACAAAUCCUGGAACUGUUUCAGACAUGCCAGCAGCAGUCUGAUGAUCUGGAAAAGAAGGAGCUUUGUAGAGCCGAGCUUCAGAGAGAAAUCCAGAGGCUAUUCCCACAGAGCCGGGUAUAUUUGGCUGGGUCAUCUUUGAAUGGUUUUGGCAGUCGAAGCAGCGAUGCAGAUCUGUGUCUAGUUGUUCAAGAGGGUCCGCUGUCUCAUUUACAGGUGGAUCAGAGAACAAAUGCAAUAUAUAUACUGAGUCUAGUACAGCAAUUGUUCUACAGACUAUCUUACAUUGAGAGACCUCAGCUUAUUCGAGCAAAAGUGCCCAUAUUAAAAUUCAGGGAUAAAGUCAGUGGAGUGGAGUUUGACUUGAAUGUAAACAAUGUUGUUGGAAUAAGAAAUACAUUCCUUCUCAGGACCUAUGCGUUCAUCGAGAACAGAGUUCGUCCCCUUAUACUUGUGGUAAAGAAGUGGGCUCGACACCAUGGAAUUAACGAUGCCAGCCGCGGGACUCUGAGUAGCUACUCAUUGGUACUGAUGGUUUUGCACUAUCUGCAGACCUUACCUGAACCUGUUAUUCCCUGUCUCCAGAAGGAAUAUCCAGAAUGUUUCAACUCUGCUAUGCAGCUUCACCUUGUACACGAAGGACCACGUAACGUUCCUCAGUACCACUCCAAGAAUCGAUCAACAAUCGGAGAUUUGCUUCUGGGCUUCCUUAAAUACUAUGCCACAGUUUUCAAUUGGGACAAAUGUAUGAUUUCAGUUCGUGAAGCCAAAGCUCUUCCCAAACCUGGAAGCAAUGAAUGGAAGAACAAGUUUAUCUGUGUUGAAGAACCCUUUGACGGAUCAAACACAGCAAGAGCGGUACAUGAAAAAAUGAAGUUUGAUGCCAUCAAAACAGAGUUUAUGGAGUCCUGGCAACAAUUGCAAGUACGAAAAGAUCUGAAUGUCAUCUUACCAGUGAGAGCUACAAUACAGAAAAGAUAACGACCUGAUGUCUGGCUGUGAUGUCACUUGAAAAAGGAGAACUCUUGUUCAUGCCAGUAACGAGGGAGGAACCUAUGUAUUUGGAGGACCUGAAGAUAUCUGUGCUUAACUACCUUACCCUACCUACCCCAUUUUCAAAAAAGUCACCUGGAAAUUUGGUGUGUUUAUAUGUACUCGCUUUGACUCUGUUUACAACUCUGAAAUAAAGAACAAGAUUUUAAAAAGGGAACUGGUUUAGGUAGUAUCACUGAAGGGUUUGGUUAAUGAGGCUUGUCUGGAAACUAAACCUCUCUUCUAGACUCCUAGGAUUGUUGUCUUUUUAUUGUUCGACUCCAUCACUGGAACUUCUUUAACACCUUGCUGUAGCCGCAACAGCAAGGUAGUUUAAAAAAACAAAACAACUAGCAUUAGAGUGAGUGGCUGUUCAUGACAAGCAUGAAGGAUGAUGGAAUUUCACAUACCUUCACUGAAGAGAGAAUGGGAAUUGCUUUUAAUAGAUUUUCUUUUUUUUCUAAACUGCAUAACAAUACAGCAUCAGUCCUUACAGACUCUAUUUUUAUUUGUUUUAACAUGCACUUUUCUGGGUGGUUAAUAUCUUCUUGUUUUGCCAUGCAGUAUAUCCAUGUCUGUUUUUCUGUUUUUUUUUUUUUUUUUUUUUUUAAGUUGUUCUUUGGUCCUUCCUGAAUUGGGGUGCAAAUAAACAUUUUGGGCCAAAGCUCGGCUAUGCAUAUGUUCAGCUAGUGAAAUCAUUUUCUGUGGCUAUGGUGGGAGGAAGCAAAUUCAAUUCCCAAAGUCAACAUGGUACUGCUGGUAAUGGUCCGACGAAAAGAGCUGCUAUGAAGCGAAGCUAUGUGUAAUGGAUGUUGAAAAAUGACGUAACUUAAAACGGGUCUUUAUAAAUUAUAAUAUUGUAGAAAAUGUAUAUCUCACUUGAUUUUGAACAACAUAGGUUUCUCAAAGGAUGACAUGUUGGGGGAGCAAAUCUGAACUCGGGUGUGAAUCUGCUGUAGCACAGACUGUGCCUCUCAUACCUGAUAAUCUAGGUCUUACUGUUUGGCUGUCAUUUGUUUAAGUUUUAUUUUGUCAAUUCUUUUUAUGUAUAUAUUUUUUUGUAUGUUGUUGACUAACUUGGAUUAAACUUUAAGUACAUUAAAUAAAAUUAAACACUUCA